GUGUGGGGAGUGCAAUAGCGAGGAGGCGCGAGCACGUGAAACAAGUUCUUCGAACGAAAGGAUAACACACCAAAAAAAAUUGAAGAAGAAGAAGAAGAGGAAGAGAUGGACGCGGGGAAUCGCGUGCUGAUUUGGCGCGUACUUUUCUUCUACUUGGCGCCCGCGGGACUUGCCGGCGCGCAGUUUUUCCCAGGCGGCUGCACCUUCGAGGACCCGUACAGCAGCUGCGGCUACGGCGUGUCGCUGGGAACCAGCGGCUUUACGUGGGAGCAGGACCGAAGCACGCGCACGGGCGGCAUGAUGGCGGUGAACGCGUCGGGGCGGGCGUCGGGUCAGCGCGCGCACCUCUACAUGCCCAAGCUGAAGGAAAACGACACCCACUGCAUCGACUUCCUCUACUCCAUCUCGGGCCGCGACGGCGCCAGCCCCGGCACCCUCAACGUCUACAUCAAGGUGAACGGCGGCGCUCAGAGCAACCCCGUGUGGAACGUCAGUGACUCCGUGACCGACGGAUGGCUCAAGGCCGAGCUCGCCGUUUCCACCUUCUGGCCCAACUCCUAUCAGGUAAUAUUUGAAGCCGUUUCCGUCCAGGGCCACCCGGGAGUCAUCGCCGUUGACGACAUUCGAGUUCUGGCUCAUCCCUGCCGAAAGGCGCCUCACUUCCUGCGUCUUCAGAACGUGGAGGUCAACGUGGGUCAAAAUGCCUCCUUCCAGUGUACGGCGGGGGGCAAGUGGUCUCAACACGAUCAACUCUGGCUGCAGCAGUGGAACGGCAAAGACACGGCCCUGAUGGUGACGCGGGUGGUCAACCACCGCCGCUUCUCGUCCACCGUCAGCGUGGGCGACACGUCGCAGCGCGGCACCGCUCGCUACCGAUGCGUCAUCCGCACCGACGGGGGCUCCGGGGUCUCCAACUACGCCGACCUCAUCGUCAAAGCGCCGCCCACCCCCAUCGCUCCACCUGAGCUCCUGGCCGUGGGCGCCACCUACCUGUGGAUCAAGCCCAACGCCAACAGCAUCAUCGGCGACGGGCCCAUCAUCUUGAAGGAGGUGGAGUACCGCACCACCUCGGGAAAUUGGGCCGAGACCCACGUGGUGGACGCGCCCACCUACAAACUGUGGCACUUGGACCCCGAUGUGGAGUAUGAGAUCAAGGUGCUGCUGUCCAGACCCGGAGAAGGGGGCACGGGACCCCCGGGACCGCCGCUGGUCACCAGAACCAAAUGCGCCGAUCCCGUCCACGGUCCGCAGAAUGUCAAGGUGGUGGACGUCCGCGCGCGACUCUUGACGAUCCAGUGGGAAACGUUCGGUUACGCCGUCACGCGAUGCCACAGCUACAAUCUCACGGUGCAGUACCAGUACGCGUUCAAUCAGCAGGAGUUUGCGUCCGAGGAGCUGAUCCAGACGUCUUCUCGCUACACCCUGAGGGACCUGCGGCCGUCCGUCACCGUGAGACUGCGACUGGUCCUGGCCAACGCCGAGGGCAGCAAGGAGAGCGAGGAGAUCGUCAAGCAGACGGAGGAAGACGUGCCCGGCUCCGUGCCCAAGGAGUCCCUGCAGGACACGCCCUACGAGGACAAGAUCUUCCUGCAGUGGAAAGCGCCCAACGAGACCAACGGAGUCAUCACCCAAUACGAGAUUGCCUAUAAAGGUCUGAGCUCUCUUGACCCCAGCGCCGACCUGACCACCCAGUGGGGGAAGGUGACCAAGCCCACCAAUGAGACUCACCACCUGUUCGUUGCCCUCCACCCGGGCACCACCUAUUUCUUCACCCUCAAAGCCUCCACCAGCAAGGGGGCCGGCCCACCCGUCAACACCCACAUCACCACCAAGAUAGCAGCCCCCACGAUGCCCGAGUAUGACUCCGAGGCGCCUCUCAACGAGACCGAGUCCACCAUCACCGUCCUCCUUAAGCCUGCCAAGUCGCGGGGGGCGCCCAUCAGUUCCUACCAGCUGGUGGUCAAGGAGGAGCGCAAGUCCAGGUCACGUCGAGCCGGCUCGGAGAACCCCGAGUGCUUUGCCGCGCCCUUCAGCUUCCGCAACGCCUCCUCCUCCAACUCGCCGUACUACGUGGCGGCGGAGCUAGCGCCUUCCAAUCUGCAAGCAGCCAAGCCGUUCACGGUGGGCGACAACAAGAGCUACGGAGGCUUCACCAACCCGCCCUUGUCCCCCGCCAAAAGCUACAGCAUCUACUUCCAGGCCCUCAGCAGAGCCAACGGGGAAACCAAAAUCAACUGCGUGCGUCUGGCUAACAAAGUGGUGAUAGGUAGGGGACAAAUAACCACGCCGUACAUUCUAGUCAUCCCAAGCGAAGGCGCCUCCACGCAGGACUCGGACGCCAUGGAGCCGGAAAAACCCGUGGACGGCACGGUCAAGUUGGCGGGCGUGAUUACGGGCAUUCUCAUGUUCGUCGUCAUCCUCCUCGGCCUCGUCCUCACCUUCAAGCGCAGAGAGAUUCACACGUGGAGAACUCUAAGCGUGGGAAGACAUGCUUAUUCCUACUCUUAUUACCUGAAGUUGGCCAAGAAGCACAAGGAGACGGUGAGUAGCUCCACUCAGCAGAGGGAGAUGGGGCCGGUCAACACGGCCGACAAGAGCACCGCCAAAGUCAGCACGCUGCACAAGGACGACCCCUUCUCCACCUCCAGCCAGGACCUCAACGGAUUCACCUCCCCCUCUUCCUGCUCCUUCUCCGUGCAGGGAAGCAAGACGCUGCAGAGCAAAUCCCUGCUCACUUCCUACUACUCAGUGUCUAAAGAGCCUGUACCUGCCACCGCGUCUCUGGACAGCAGCCAGCCAUCGCUCGCCCAGGCCUCGCUGACGCUGCAGAGCUUCCCGUACGGCGGCCGGGAGUCGGUGGAGCUCGCCUACCAAAGCGGUCAGUUCCAGGCGGGUCAGUUCCAGCCGGCCAUCCGCGUGGCCGACCUCCUCCAACACAUCACGCAGAUGAAAUGUGGACAAAGUUACGGCUUCAAGGAGGAAUACGAGGCUCUGGCGGAGGGACAGACGGCACCCUGGGAAACAGCCAAAAAAGAUGAGAACCGCAACAAGAAUCGCUAUGGUAACAUCAUUGCCUACGAUCGCACCAGAGUGCGACUGCAGCCGCUCGACGGAGAGCCCCACUCCGACUACAUCAACGCCAACUUCAUUGACGGCUACCACCGGCCCAGACAUUACAUCGCCACGCAAGGUCCCAUGCAGGAGACGGUGAGGGAUUUCUGGAGGAUGGUGUGGCAGGAGAACUCGGCCUCUAUCGUCAUGGUGACCAACCUGGUGGAGGUGGGCAGGGUCAAGUGCGUCCGCUACUGGCCCGACGAGACGGACGUUUACGGCGACGUCAAAGUCACCCUGGUGGAGACGGAACCGCUGGCCGAGUACGUCAUCCGCACGUUCACCGUGCAGAAGAAGGGUCACCACGAGCUGCGAGAGCUGCGCCAGUUCCACUUCACCAGCUGGCCCGACCACGGCGUUCCUUGCUAUGCCACCGGGCUGCUGGGCUUCAUACGCCAGGUCAAGUUCCUCAACCCGCCGGACGCCGGGCCCAUUGUGGCGCACUGCAGCGCCGGCGCGGGCCGGACAGGCUGCUUCAUCGCUGUGGACAUCAUGCUGGACAUGGCCGAGAACGAAGGCGUGGUGGACGUCUUCAACUGCAUCCGCGAGCUCAGGUCGCAAAGAGUCAACAUGGUGCAGACGGAGGAGCAGUACGUGUUUGUCCACGACGCCAUCCUGGAGGCGUGCCUGUGCGGCAACACCGCCAUCCCCGUGUGCGACUUUCGAGCCAUCUACUACAACAUCAGCAGGCUGGACCCUCAGACCAACUCCAGUCAGAUUAAAGACGAGUUCCAGACCCUCAACAUAGUGACCCCUAGAGUGCGACCGGAGGACUGCAGCGUGGGCCUGCUGCCCCGGAACCACGACAAGAACCGGAGCAUGGACGUCCUCUCGGCCGACCGCUGCCUGCCAUUUCUCAUCUCGGUGGACGGCGAGAGCUCCAACUAUAUCAACGCGGCGCUCAUGGACAGCCACAAGCAGCCAGCGGCCUUCAUCGUUACCCAGCAUCCUUUGCCAAAUACCAUGGGCGACUUCUGGAGGCUGGUCUUUGACUACAACUGCUCCUCAAUCGUUAUGCUCAACGAGAUGGAUGCCGCCCAGCUGUGCAUGCAGUACUGGCCGGAGAAGAGCUCGUGCUGUUACGGUCCCGUCCAGGUGGAGUUCAUCUCAGCGGACAUCGACGACGACAUCAUCAACCGCAUCUUCCGGAUCUGCAACAUGGCCCGGCCUCAGGACGGCUACCGGCUGGUGCAGCACUUCCAGUUCAUUGGCUGGCCGGCCUACAGGGACACGCCCCUUUCCAAGCGUUCCGUCCUGCAGCUGGUGCGGCGACUGGCCAAGUGGCAGGAGCAGUACGACGGCGGAGACGGCCGCACGGUGGUGCACUGCCUCACCGGCGGCGGGCGUUCGGGAACCUUCUGCGCCAUGUGCAGCAUCAACGAGAUGAUCCAGCAGCAGAACAUCGUGGAUGUUUUUCACACGGUCAAGACGCUGCGCAACAACAAGACCAACAUGGUGGAGACCAUGGAACAAUACAAGUUCUGCUACGAGGUGGCUCUGGAGGCGCUCAGCUCCUUCUGAACGGUCGCCGGGCAUCUCGAGGCGACGCGCAAAGCGAGCGGUCGCCGGCCGCUCCGUGUCGGCUCCCGUCACAUUGAUGGGCGCAAAACGAGUUGAACGGAGCCCGUCGUCGUCGUCGUCCUUGUACAGUCGCUUCCGCUUUUGAAUGUCGUCUCCCCCUGCAGGCCACGCGCACGCUUGUUGCCUUUGCGCUCGUUCCGCACGGGCCGUCCGAGACGCGAGCGCUUCUCAUCCAAUUUGCUCGUCCCGCGUGGGCGGAAGGUACCCGGCCCG